AGGGAGGACCGGCGCGAGGAGAGAGGCAGAUACGGAGGUCCACAGACGGCAGCGGUGUGCAGACCGGCCACUGACGCUGCUGUCGGAUUGAACACACAUACACACACACACACACACACACACAAACACACAUGCAGAGGCUACACACCACCCGCAUGAGGAGCGUAUGAGACAUGCACAGGCUGCCGUCCAUGGACACACACACACUGGCAGGGCACCAGAGAGGAAAUACAGCAAACCCCCGAGACUGAGGAGCUAUGGACAGCAGCAUGUUCUUUGGUAACACAUGUCAGAAUGGCCUUAUGCCCGCCUUGGUGCGUCCCGCCCUGCCCACCAUCCAGACCUCACUGGGCAUGAAGCAGUUCCUCCCGAUUCCACUGGACACAGCCUCGGCGGUCAGCCUCUUCCCGGGCUUCAGCGCGAUGGACCCGGUGCAGAAAGCCGUCCUCCAUCACACCCUCGGCCUCCCCGCCACCAUCAAGAGGAAGCACGUGUCCUGCAGCGUUUGUCAGCUGAGGUUCAACUCACAGAGCCAGGCCUUGGCCCACUACAAGGGCACCAAACAUGCCAAGAAGCUAAAAGCCCUGGACACCCCCAAGAGCAAGCUCAAAGGCUCAGCGGUCGCCAAGGAAACCGCCAACCAGGAGACCGCCAAGGGCAUCAACACCUCGCAGGUCCCCAACGGCACUGACAGGAAAGAUGGCGUCCCUGGAACGGCGCCUCCACCGCUCUCCCCUGCUCUCAGGCUGGCGCAACCGAUGGCAACCUUGGCGGCUCAGACCACGCCGACGCCCUGCGCACCUGUGGCCUCGCCGGUAGUCUCGGGCGCCACGGCGGCCCAGGCGGCCCCAGAGACUGCCCCGGCAACUGCCCCGGCGGCGGGGGGAGACGAAGGCCCGGCGACGCUGGACCCGCCCUCAGAACCCGACCCGGAGCCCGAGGCCGAAGCCGACACCGAGACGGAUCCGGAAACGGAGGAGGAGAAGGCCCGACGUCUGCUCUACUGCUCGCUCUGCAAAGUGGCGGUCAACUCGGCGUCGCAGCUCGAGGCGCACAACAGCGGUACGAAGCACAAGACGAUGCUAGAGGCCAGGAGCGGCGUGGGCUCCAUCAAGUCUUUCCCCCGAGCGGGAGUCAAAAGCAAACUGGCCACGACCUCCAAAUCGUCGACGGGCCUGCAGAACAAAACGUUUUACUGUGAGACGUGUGAUGUGCAUGUCAACUCGGAGACUCAGCUAAAACAGCACAUCAGCAGCCGGCGUCAUAAAGACCGAGCAGCAGGUAAACCAGCCAAGCCUAAAUACAGCCCCUACAGCAAACCACAGAAAGGCCAGACCAAGCAGCCGAUAAAGUUGGUUCUGGGGAAGGAGCACCAGUGUCCGCCUCUGAACGCCCAGAUCCUUCCCGCUCACCUGGCCGCCGUGGCUGCAGCCGCGGCCGCCGCCAUCGGCAACUCCUUCACGCACCGCAAUAACCACGCCACCAACCACACCCCGACUCCCGCCCUCUUCCAGACGCAGAGCCUCCCCGCUGCGCUCCUCCGCCCGGCCCCCGGGCCUAUCAGGACCUCCCACCCGCAAGUCCUAUUUGCCCCUUAUUGACCUGUUUGACCCCAGGUGGAGCCCGCCCAAGUGGGGUCGACCCACAUCCAGGCCAAGGAAGGCCAAGGGAGUCCUGCGCUUUCAGCAGCUGUGCUCCUUCUAUGCAUCCAGGAUACGGAACAUCUUCCCACCACGACUGGACCUUCGUUGCUCCUACAUGUGGAUUAUCCUCACACCUAAAAGCAUCGGCGAAGCAUCGGCCGCUUUCCUCGUGCUGGAUUUAUUUCUCCAAUCUCACUGGACUCUAGUGCUUUUCUGUGCCACCCUGCAGCCCACGGCUCACCCCCCCCCCCCACCCCCCCACCCCCCACCCCCCACCCAGACCCUCCUGGACUUGGACCCACAUCGUAUCCGCAAUAAUGUAUAAAAGUAACCCAGUGAACUAUGCAGUGUCAUUAUUCCACGAUGCAAGGCGCAGUUUGAGCUAAAGAUACGGUAGGGAUAUAUGCUUCGUGUGAAGACACAGCGUGGCACUAAGAUCAUCGCUUAAGUGGAGGAUUAUUGUCAUUCAUAAUUUAAAAGGUUGUUACUGAUCAUUAGAGCGAGCGAGCGAGCGAGGCCCUCCUCUGUUCCUGUAUGCACUUUAAGCCCUUCCUCUGUUGAUGUCUACACUAGAUGACUGUGUUAGAUGGUUAGUGUGUGUCGUACUGUGCGUCUGUUUGUAUUCGUCCUCGCGUAUCUGUGUGUGUGUGUGUGUGUGUGAAUGUGUUCUUCAGCAUGUGGGUGCGUAUGAGUGUGUGUUUUGGAGUUUGUGUGUGUGUGUGAAAGAGAGAGAGAGAGAGCUUUCCAUUCGCCAUCACAGUCGAUAUCCAGCACACAUCGUCUCUGACCACGUCUCGGGCCAGAGGGACCACACAAGGCUUGUCUGUGUUAACUGUCAGUGUGUAAAAGGUGAACAAUUUCAAAUAAAAGAGCCCUACUUUGUUAAAA